AUGACAAGCCUUUUAGACAGGAACCAAUGCAUCGAGCUCAUUAGAUCCUCUACCACGCUUCCCGCGGCAAAUGCCGCUUCAUCGCUCGCCAGGCACCGUCUCCAAGCCGGAGAAGAUUCCUUCCUUUGCAAUGUGCUGCUCGAGGCGUACGGAAAGUGUGGCAGCCCCGGCGAUGCCAGGAGAAUCUUCGACGGCAUCAAGCGCAAGAACGUCUUCUCGUGGGUGCUGCUCCUGCAGGCAUAUGCCCGGAAUGGGCAUCUGGAGGAUGCGAAGCGCGUCUUUGAUGCGAUGCCCGAGCGGAAUCUCGUCUCAUGGAACUGUAUGCUGGUGACACUUGUGCAGAACGGGAAUCUUGACCAGGCCCGGCGGGUUCUUGAUGGCAUGAAAGAGCGCAACCUGGUAUCUUUCACCACGAUGCUCAUGGCGUAUGCCCAAGCAGGGCAUAUUGAGCAGGCCAGGCGCGUCUUCUCUAAGAUGCCCGACUGGGAUCUCAUUGCGUGUACGACGAUGAUAUGGGCGUACGGAGAGGAAAGGGAAUCUUUCCAGGCAAAGCGCGUGUUUGAUUCCAUGCCCGAGUGGGAUCUCGCGUGCUACUGCGCGAUGCUAACAGCAUAUGCUGAGAGCGGGCAUCUGGAAUAUGCUACGAACCUCUUUCGGCGAUUGCCGGAGUUUAACGUCGUAGCAGUGAACUCUCUCUUAGCCGUACUGGCACACAACUUGAAGAUUGACGGCGCUAAGCGCGUACACUACGGCCUACCGGAGAACGCCCGGGAGAUCUUCGACCGUAUGUACGAGCGAGACUUGGUGUCGUGGAACACGCUCAUGGCGUGCCUGCUCGAGGCGGGGUGUUUGGCGGAGGCGAUAGACGUAUUCUACGCCAUGGACGAGCGGAACGAUUGCUCGUUUAACACUCUCCUGGCGGCGUACGUCGGUAGCGGGCGUUUGGCGGAGGGGAGGCGGGCGUUUGGCAGUAUGCCCAGCGUGGACAUAGUGGCGUGGAAUACCCUAAUCGCGGGUUAUGCCCGGAGCGGCGAGGGGGAGGUCGCCCUGGAGCUCUUCGCGGCGAUGGCGAUGGAGGAGGCGCCCAAUGCGAUCUCGUUCGUGCUGGCGCUGCGCGCGUCCAGCCACGGCGGCGAUGUCUACCGCGGGUGGGCGCGAUUUUGCUCCAUGGUGGUGGAUUUUGGCAUCGAUCCGAGCAAGCAGCACUACUGCUGCAUGGUGGAUCUUCUCGGGAGGGCGGGCUAUGGUGGCAAUGCGGAGGAGCUGGUGCGCAGCAUGCCGUUUGUGCCGGACGCGCUGGACUGGACGUGCGUUCUCUCGUCGUGCAAGGGGCGGAGGGAUCGCCGGAGAGGCGCGGUGGCGGUGGAGAAUGUUCUUCGCUUGGAUCCCAAGAACACGGCUGUCUACGUGCUGGCUUUGAAUCACAGCGUACGCGAUGGGUGA